UUGUUCACAGGAUGUGUAGUUGAGUACCGACCUACAGAGGCGCAGGUUUCUGAUGGCCACUGUAGACGUGGAUUGUUAGCUACAAGUCCAGUGAACAGUUUGAUUACAUUUCUGACGGUCAUUAGACAUUUCUGAAAAGCAAAUAUGCUGGAUUUUGCUAUAUUUGCAGUGACAUUUGUCAUUGUCCUGAUCGGUGCCGUGCUGUAUUUGUAUCCGUCAUCUAGAAGUGCCUCUGGUGUGCCUGGACUAAACCCCACAGAAGAGAAAGAUGGGAAUCUGCAAGAUAUAGUGAACAAAGGAAGCCUGCAUGAGUUCCUGGUGGGUCUUCAUGAUGAGUUUGGGUCUGUGGCAUCUUUCUGGUUCGGUGGGAGACCAGUGGUCAGCCUGGGUGCUGUGGACCAACUACGACAACACAUCAACCCCAACUGGACCAGUGAUUUGUUUUUGUUCCUGGUGGAGGAGCUGGUUGAUAAGUGGGCAUCUUAUCCUAAAUCACAGCACACGCCUCUUUGUGCUCAUCUGCUUGGAUUGGCUAUGAAGGCUGUCACUCAACUUGCCAUGGGGAGUCGCUUUGGGGAUGAUGCUGAGAUCAUUCGGUUCCGUAAGAACCAUGAAGCGAUCUGGUCAGAGAUCGGUAAAGGUUAUCUGGAUGGAUCCCUAGAGAAGAGUUCCAGCAGAAAGGCCCAUUAUGAGAGUGCUCUGGCUGAGAUGGAGUCAGUGCUGAAGUCUGUGGCAAAGCAGAGGAGUGGACAAGGAUCCAGUCAGUCGUCUUUUGUUAACUAUUUACUACAGGCCAAUCUGACAGAGCGACAGAUGAUGGAAGAUGGUAUGGUUUUUACUCUAGCUGGCUGUGUGAUCACUGCUAACUUGUGCAUCUGGGCAGUUCACUUCCUAUCAGUCUCGGAGGCAGUGCAGGAACGUCUCUAUCAUGAGCUUGUUGAAGUGCUCGGAGAGGAACCUGUUACCUUGGAGAAGAUUCCACAACUUAGAUACUGCCAGCAGGUGCUGAAUGAAACGGUCCGCACAGCCAAACUGACGCCCAUGGCUGCCAGACUGCAGGAGGUGGAGGGGAAGGUGGACCAACACGUCAUUCCCAAAGAAACAUUGGUUAUCUAUGCCCUGGGUGUGGUCCUUCAAGAUGCAGAUACUUGGUCACUUCCAUACAGGUUUAAUCCUGACAGAUUUGCUGAUGAGUCAGUAAUGAAGAGCUUCUCGCUGCUUGGGUUUUCAGGGAGCCAGGCCUGCCCUGAACUAAGAUUUGCAUACACUGUGGCCGCAGUGCUGCUCAGCACACUGGUGCGCAGGUUGAGACUGCACAGAGUGGAAGGGCAGGUGGUUGAGGCCAGGUAUGAGCUGGUGACCACACCCAAAGAUGACACCUGGAUCACAGUCAGCAAGAGGAACUGAAGGACUCAUAGCUCACGUCCCUGAAAUAGCCUCUUGGGAAAUGUGAAUUAUGCAUGGCCAAUAUUAUGCGCUCUAUAUUGUGUGGGACAGCAGUUGAUAAGAUCAAAGCAAUGUCAUUUAGAAAUGGUCCAGGUUGUUAAAACUAUAUGCCACUGUUUUUUUAGACGGUCAUUCCCUCUGAAUGUCACAGACAUUCCAUAAACGAUGAUCAACGUUGAAUCGCAAUCUUUUAACUGCAAUCUUUCUAUACUAAUAAA